GCUAUAAGUUUUUGAGAGAUAUAAUAGCGUUGGUUACUAUCUAAAAUUUUCAGUGAGCAUUGAAGUGUCGGUACAGUCGGUCGCAAAAUUUGUCUUCAGUGUAGUCUUAAAGUGAUAAGCAAAAAAAGGUACGCUGCACUGAUGAGUUGUUUGUGAUGAAUGCUACAACUAUAUGCAAUUCGAAUAACUAUUAGGAAAAUUUGUGAAUCUAUAACCAGAAAGAUGAAAAAAAUGUCACCAAGUGCUGGAGAAACAUUACGUGCAUGGCUUUUAUCAGCACUCGUAGUGCAUGGCGCGGUAGCUGGAAAUCCCGAUGCCAAACGGCUCUAUGACGAUUUGCUUAGCAAUUAUAAUAAAUUAGUCCGACCUGUGGUUAACACCUCUGAUGUAUUGCGAGUAUGCAUCAAAUUGAAAUUGUCACAACUAAUUGAUGUGAAUCUAAAAAAUCAGAUAAUGACUACAAACCUUUGGGUUGAGCAAUCCUGGUACGACUACAAAUUACGAUGGGAACCGAAGGAAUACGGUGGAGUUCAAAUGUUACAUGUCCCAUCAGAUCACAUCUGGCGUCCAGACAUUGUAUUAUAUAACAAUGCUGAUGGUCAUUAUGAAGUAACAUUAAUGACCAAAGCAACAGUAUAUAAUACUGGUCUGGUUAUUUGGCAGCCACCUGCAGUGUACAAAUCGUCGUGCUCAAUAGAUGUUGAAUAUUUUCCAUAUGAUGUACAAACAUGUGUCUUAAAGUUAGGAAGCUGGACCUAUGAUGGUUUUAAGGUUGAUCUACGUCACAUGGAUGAACAGUCGGGAAGUAACAUUGUAGAUGUUGGUGUAGAUCUAUCGGAAUUCUACAUGUCGGUUGAAUGGGACAUCUUGGAAGUUCCGGCAGUUCGUAAUGAAAAAUUUUACACAUGCUGUGAUGAACCUUACCUUGAUAUAACAUUCAAUAUCACAAUGAGACGGAAGACCCUGUUUUAUACUGUGAAUAUCAUAAUUCCAUGUAUGGGUAUAUCAUUUUUGACCGUUUUAACAUUUUACCUGCCGUCAGAUAGUGGAGAAAAGGUUACACUGUCCAUUUCGAUUCUUAUUAGUCUCCAUGUGUUUUUCCUCCUGGUUGUUGAGAUCAUCCCACCAACGUCAUUAGUAGUGCCUUUGCUGGGGAAAUAUCUAAUAUUUGCCAUGAUAUUAGUAUCAAUUAGUAUAUGCGUUACGGUCGUAGUAUUGAACGUUCAUUUUAGAUCACCACAAACACAUCGCAUGGCACCAUGGGUGAAAACAUUUUUCAUUGAUUUUCUACCACGAUUUUUAUUUAUGAAAAGACCGGCAUACAUUGAAAAUCACAGAAAAUUGUUGCCAAAACAACCAAAAGUUUGCUUUUAUCCUUAUUAUUCGACCACCGCAUUAAAUCGCGUUAAAGCUCGUUUUCAUAUUAGGACAUCAUCGAAAGAUGAUCAAUCUCCACUAAGAAGUAAUUUUCAAUUGCACAGUCUAUCAGGCACCGGCCCAUUCGGAGGAAGCUGUCAGAUCCAUGGUCCUUUGCCAGUUCCACAUUCUGAAUCAGAAGAAUUGUCUUUAUCGACUGCAGCAGAUACAGCCGUUCCAUCUGGUAUUAAGAGUCCUGUUUUCAAACAGCCAUCGUUUUCGCACUCCAGCUGCCCCAUAGAAGUCCACCGCAGCUGUUUCUGCGUACGGUUCAUUGCAGAACACACAAAAAUGUUGGAGGAUUCAACGAAGGUGAAAGAGGAUUGGAAAUACGUUGCAAUGGUUUUGGAUCGGUUAUUCUUGUGGAUCUUCACGUUAGCGGUACUGGCUGGAACUGCUGGUAUAAUUCUUCAAGCUCCAACGUUGUAUGACGAUCGAAUACCUAUCGAUAAAACAUUCGAUGAAUUAGCUACUUCAACGGUAGUCCGGUGUCCACCACAAUAGCAAACAAGGACCAGCCUGGAAACACUUUUGAUAUUAUUAGGAUGUGCUGCAGGAAUGAGUGCCUGUGUUUUGAUUUACGAAAGAGCAUUUAAUGGUAGAUUUUUGUAAUAAUUAUUUUUAAACAGAUUAGUUAUUUUCUACAUUUUUUUAUAUAUUGACUGAUAACAUUUGAAUCAUUUCGUUCAUGAUAGCACGGUCAUAGGUAAAAAACACUUAAUCGGCCAAUUUCAAAGCUACAGAAAAACUUUUCUUGGCAAAGUUACUUAAAAUUGAAUGGUCUAAAAUUUUGCUCAAGAAUUUAUAUCAUAUUUUUUAUUAAUAAUAUAUUUGUCAUUUCUGUAAAUAUGUGGAACAUCUUAGUAAUUUUAACUGCAUCAUUUCUCGUAAAUCUAUAUAACUUAACAAGACCUGCGACAUGUCACUUCGAAUACUUUUCUUUUUGUUACACAGUGUUAUGAAUCAAAAAAGAAGAAAAUGUUUAUGCAAAUCGAACACAGUUUAAACAUUUUAAACUUUAGGUAUUUCUCUAAAUUCUUCUGAAUAUUUUGUUGCCGAAAAUUGUAUAUCUUGCUUUGGAUAAAGUCAUAACAUUAAUAAAUUCUUCAACUAUCGCAUACGCCCAGUCAACAGUACUCUGUGAAGAUUAUCAUAGGUAGUCUGUAUAAAUCCAAACUCAAAUCAGGGUUACAAUCAGUUUCAAUGAAAUUUAUACAUGUAGUUAUGAUUAUUGUAUUGUCUGGAAUUCAGAGUGUUUUUUGCCUAUUUUUAAUUAAUUUACUAAAGUUUUUACCUCUGUUAUACGCAUAAUUGGUAUAUUUGUAUGGGGCAACCUACAUACAUGAAACAGUUAUGCGUUUGUGGAAUAGCAUCUUCAAUUCAAUAUAUUGACAGUUAACAUUUAUAUAUAAGACAUGAAUGGAUACCAAAGUUUUGAUAAGCUAGAAUAUCAUGAACCAUUACGAUACUGAGCCAACUAAUUACAAAAAUAGUAUUGUGAAGUAAAACUUGGCGAUAAUUGAGUUUGAUAGAGCUGAUUUUAAUUUAUUUUCACAAUGCUGCUACUCAAAUUAUUUGUAUAACGUUCAUAAACUGCUUUAUUUCAUAAAAUUCAG